CCUACUUGAUCCAUCCAUCUAAUUACCUUUUGCAUCUUUUUAUUUUUAAUCUUCAAUUCAAUUUCAAAAUUGGGUUUGAUUUCGAGCCUUUCCUCUCCUCUCCACCUCAUUUGUUGAUUGAUCCAUCCCGGAUUUUAUCUAUCUGUUUCUGGAACAUAUAUAUAUAUAUAUAUAUAUAUAAAAUAAGAUGAGGAGGAAGCAGCAAAGCAUGGCGUUUACGAGAUCGAGCGAUGGCGGGAUGAAGAAAUCUGAUCAGUGCGAGAAUAGUAGUGAUCAUCUGGAUGAUGAGUUGAAGAGUAAGGCGUGGGCGGAUUCCAUGAGAGCAUCUUCUCCGACAAGGAAUCUUAGUUGUAAUAACAUGGAAAUGGAAAUGGAAAUGAUGAAGCUGUGGAGGGUGGAGCACCCGUCGGCGCUGGAGAUGGUGGAGCAGAUCACGGGGGCCUCCAAGGGCAAGCAGAUUGUGAUGUUCCUCGACUACGAUGGCACCCUCUCCCCCAUUGUCGACGACCCUGAUCGCGCCUUCAUGUCCAAAACUAUGCGAGCAACAGUGAGGACACUUGCGCGGUAUUUCCCCACUGCCAUAGUCAGCGGCAGGUGUCGGGACAAGGUGUACAGUUUUGUUCGUUUGGCGGAACUGUAUUAUGCUGGGAGCCAUGGAAUGGACAUCAAAGGCCCUGCAAAAGCUUCCAACUACGUUACUAAACUGCAGAAGAAGGGUAGCAGUGCAACUAGUCAUGCUGCGGCGGCAGCGGCGGCGGCUGCUGUUCUUUUCCAGCCAGCCAGGGAAUUUCUCCCCGUGAUCGAUGAGGUGUACAAAGCCCUUUUGGAGGUGACAAAGUCCAUAGCAGGUGCUAGAGUGGAGAACAACAAGUUUUGUGUUUCUGUUCAUUUCCGUUGUGUUGAUGAGAGGAAAUGGGGUGAACUGGCGAAGCAAGUUGGGUCUGUGUUGGAAGGGUAUCCAACUCUUCGAUUGAGCCAAGGAAGAAAGGUGUUCGAAAUCAGACCAACCAUUAAAUGGGACAAAGGGAAGGCACUGGAGUUCCUUUUGGAGUCACUUGGAUACGCGAAUUGCGCUGAUGUGUUUCCUAUAUAUAUUGGCGAUGAUCGAACCGAUGAGGAUGCUUUUAAGGUGCUGAGAGAGAGGGGGCAAGGGUUUGGUAUUGUGGUGACGAAGACAGCAAAAGAGACAUACGGGUCCUACUCACUCCAAGAUCCUGCAGAGGUUAUGGCUUUUCUAAGGCGCCUUGUCGCAUGGAAGAGGAUGUCUCUACGGCGGAUCAGGUCCAGAAUCCACCAGAUCAACAACUACCUAGUUUCCUUACCCACCUCUUAAUUAAUUUCAAGGGUUGCAAUGCAUUGCCCUAAACCCUAUUUUAAUGAAUUAAACUAACUAACUAUUAAUUAGCUAGGGCUAAUCGAAAUCAGUUCAUCAAAGCCCCUAACCCUUGUGUAAGAAUGUGUCUGUGUCGUCUAUGCAUGUAUGUUCUUAAUUAUGCCGAUUGAUCAUCGAUGUCCUGUAAUGGAAAUGGAAACAGUUGCAACAACCAGCACAGGCCAAUUGUAAAUCUUGAAUUCAAUAUUAAUUAACUCAAAA